AUGACCGAAACUUGUCCUCAAAAUAACAAGCUAGUUUCUCCCUUCAUUUUCCUGGAUCCAAGGAAGUUUCGGUUGCCGCCAAAUGUUCCAGCUGAAGCAGUAAACAGUAGUCUUACUGCCGACGGACAUCUUAGUGUCAGUGCAAGUGCUCCUCGUUACAAGGAUGAUGGUGUUGCGAGGACAAUUCCAAUCAAAAUGGUACCAAGCGUAGUCAAAACGGAAAAUAUUACGGAAACGAAACCGCAAAACAUUACGACAAGCGAGCAGUCGUCGACACAAGGAUGA